CUGGUAGCACGCCUUACGCCUCGCCUUGCCGCCGCUUUUCGUUCUCGCUAACGCCACGCUUGCAUUACAAGCUCUCGCCAGUUCACCUACGUCCAUUCGACUAUCAAGCCCGCGUGAGCCAUUUCCUCCGCUCGACUUUGUGCCAAGCACGCUUUCGAGCGACCUGAGGGUUGAUUGUGUGUUAUUAAUUUGCACCAAUUAAUCAGUAUUUUGCUUCACAAUGGGGACAGAAGUGACUGAUAAUAUGAUUGUAAGCGUAAAAGAAGAAAGGAUCGAAGAGUCCGAAGUUCCUGAGUUAGUUAUCUCCAACAAGGGUGGCCCGAAGUUAAUCUACCAAGGUUUCAUGUAUACAUUGCACAAGAAAUCAUCGCAAAGCAUCCGUUGGCGCUGCGUUUUACGAACACACCAGUGCCGCGGUAGCCUCAUUACAAAUCUCGAGUGUAGAAUACCUUACGUGCGAAUGUCUCACGACCAUCCGACUGAUUAUGCAGCGGUUGAAAUCGCCAGACAACGCUAUAGAACUUUCGGUGAACCACUUCACCAUUGGCUGCAUAAUUCCGAUGGAGCUUCUGCUGUUACUGCAAAGAGGAGAUCUGCAAAUAACGCUCCUCCUCGACGCGGCGUUAAGACUUCGGCAAAUGGUGAGUCGUUCAUAACUAAAUAG